AAAGUCAGAAUCCCAUAGGAUUAGAACAAUCUGGAAUCAAUGGGUCGAGUGGUCCGAGAAGCAGCGCCUUGAUAAAGUCGAUUAACGCUGGUAUAUUAGAAAAGAGAAGCAGCAGGAAAGAAAAACAAGAGAAAAAACUGAGAGAGGUUGGAGAGGAGAGAUGGACAUGAGAGGGGUCGAGUUUUUGCCAAAGGAGUACGGGUAUGUGGUUCUUGUUCUUGUUCUUUAUUGCUUUCUUAAUUUCUGGAUGGCUGGCCAAGUCGGGAAUGCUCGCAAGAGGUACAAGGUUGCGUACCCAACCCUCUACGCCGUCGAAUCUGAGAACAAAGAUGCCAAGCUCUUCAACUGUGUUCAGAGAGGGCACCAAAACUCGCUGGAGAUGAUGCCGAUGUUUUUCUUAUUGAUGGUGUUGGGAGGGAUGGGCCAUCCUUGCGUGUGCUCGGCGCUUGGAGUUGUUUACAUCGUUACCCGUUAUUUCUACUUCACUGGCUACGCCACCGGAGAUCCCGAGAACCGUCUCAGUAUUGGGAAAUAUGCGUUCUUGGCGUUGCUGGGGCUCGCGAUUUGCACCAUUUCAUUUGGAGUAAAUCUGCUUCGGCGAUGAUUUCUGACUUCAGACUACUGCAAUCUACUUUGCCAUCUUUCUCUGCUUUGGCCUUUUGCUUUUAGUGUACUUGACAAAGGCAAUAAAUUAGUAUGGACUGAUAUUUGCUUAGUGUGAUCAAGUUUAUGUAUUCAGACAGCCUUCUUAUGUUCAUGUCUUCAUAAUACAUUUUCAACAGUUGCGUAAA